AUGAUAGGAAAACCUAGUCACAGGUUUCAUUUUUGGGAAAAACAGUUGAAACAAUCCCCUAGUACCAUUUACAAUCUGUGGAGGUGUGGGGUCAGGGCAGCAGCCAGGGAGUGGAGUCCGGGGUACGAGGAGGAGGAGGAAGCAGUUGUUCUGGUAGAAUUGUCAGGACUUACUAUUGAUUUAGACUUUCUCUCAAAUUGUGAAAAUUAAUGCAAGAUUUGGGGACUUGAUACUGAGAGGCCCAUUCUGCAAGUGGACAGCUAUGUCUUCGCCGGAGAGAAUGAAGACACUCUCGGGACCUGUGUUAUAUUUGAAGAAAAUGCUGAACAUGUAGAUGCAGCCGGCGCUAAGAAAGCAGUGCCAACAUAGUCGUGCCACACGACGAAGAAUUAAAGAAUAAAAAGAACUCUUCUGUAAGAGAAGAAGGAAGGAGAAGAAAACAGAGGUAUGGAAUGGCUGCCAAUCAAGGGUAAGGAUGGCUCCUGUGGGACACAGGAGCUUCUGCAUGAAAAUGGAGAUGAAGACGUCGUUGCUCGCCCACUUAUCUCUUUGGUGUUGAAAGAACAAAAGAGUCAAAUAAAAGGUAAUCCAACUGUAAGUUAGGAGCAGGGGAAACCACCACACUUGGAACUAGAGGCUCCUGGUCCUCUUAUCGGUGUCCCUUCUGAAAUAGAAAGUUCUGUUUCUAUAGAAAGGCAAGAUGAGGCCUGAGAAAUCACUCCUAGAUUAAAUGUGUGUUUGGGUUUUUGUUUUUUGUAA